AGGCAACUAGGAUGGCAGUGGGGUGGACAAGGAUGGGUAGGGGGUGAUGGUUGCCGUGAGGCUGCCCACCAUCACCCACAUCCCGUCCCCGCAGCCCAAGCAACCCCAAAGCAGCCUGAAGGAUGGUGAGGAGCUGGAGGAUGUGGCUGCCGUGCAGUUUCCCCCCCCCCGACAUGCUACUGCAUGUCAUCUCCUUCCUGACACUGCCCAACCUGCUGAGACUAGGCCAGACCUGCUGCUACCUCCACAAGGUGUGCAACAGUGAGGCUAUCUGGUGCCACCUCUGCAUCCCUCUCCACCCCGCCAUCGUCAGUGCCUGGCCCUGCAAGAGGGCGACCAUCCUCAACUGUGAGUCCCUGCCAUUGCCAAGGGAGGGGGUGGUGGCACUUUGUUGCCCAGCUGAUGACAAUGUCCCUGUUUCCUCCGCUCCGGACACCAAGGGGCUGUAACUCCAGAGCCUGGGCCGUCGCUGGCAGUGAGCACUGAUGGCCUCCAUCCUGUCUGCCCCCUCUCAUGGCUACCGCAAGCUGGUGCCUGCCCAGCAGCACCUUCUCCUCCUGGAUUAUAGCGGGACCCUCUUCUUCCUCCGCGACUCCGGCCGCUGGGCCUGCUGCUUCCAGGCCCUCUCCCGUGGCAUCAAGGAUGUACACCGACCCUUCGCACCCACCGUGGCAGUGUGCUCCCCCCAACCUGAUCUGUAUUUCCUGUAACCUUGCUCAAGUGAUAACCACCAGUGGCGAUCACAAUGGGUCCGUCUAGUCAUGUGGAUUUGGGGGAGACAGAUAACAACACAAUAGCCAAGGGCUAAUUUGAGCAAUGCGACCACCUAACUG